AUGUUCCGAAAAUCCUGGUUCAGCUCAUUGUUUCGGAAGAAAACUUUUCAAGAAAAUGUUUUAUCAACUGAUCUGAAAAGAUGUUUGUCAGUGGUAGAUGUCACAUGCUUGGCUUUAGGCCAGAUGAUUGGAGCUGGUAUAUAUGUGUUAACAGGGAGUGUGGUGCGUGAGAAGGCAGGGCCAUCAGUCAUACUAUCUUUUCUUUUUGCUGGAAUUGCUGCUCUGCUGUCCGCGUUUAGUUACGCUGAGUUUGGAGCACGAUAUCCAAGAGCAGGCAGUGCUUACACGUAUACCUAUGUGGGUGUUGGAGAAGUAUGGGCUUUCGCUAUCGGAUGGACCGUAAUUUUGGAGUACAUGAUUGGUACAGCAGCUGUGGCACGGUCCUGGUCGGGUUAUUUUGAUUCGCUAAUAGAUAAUCGAAUAAAGAAAUGGACUAUGGAGAAUGUUGGUGUUUUAGGAGAGGAAAACGGGUUCUUCAGCAACCACUUUGAUUUUCUAGCCUUUGCACUUAUCUGCCUAUCUGCGAUAGUAAUAGCGAACGGUGCUAAGUCAUCUGCUACUUUUAACACAGUUUUUGUUUUCUUAAAUAUUUCGAUUCUCGCUUUUGUUAUAUGCUCAGGUGCAUAUUAUGCUGAUUUCAACCUCUGGAUAGGAACAACGGAAACGGGAGAGUCGAAGUUCUUCCCUUUCGGAAUCGAAGGAACAUUGGCAGGAGCUGCCACAUGUUUCUUCUCUUUCAUUGGAUUCGAAUGUCUAGCUACCGCUGGAGAAGAAGCCAAGAAUCCAAAAAAAACAAUCCCAAUUGCUACAUUUCUAUCUCUCGGUUCCGUGACAAUUAUCUACAUUUUAAUGGGUGCUGCUUUAACUUUGAUGGUUCCUUAUGACCAGGUUAACUCUACAGCAGGCUUCGCCGACGCUUUCCAAGCACAUGGAGCAACAGUCGCUCGUUACGUUGUUACCUUUGGUGCUUUAGCCGGAAUGACUAAUAACUUAAUCACGAGUAUAUUCGCAUUGCCACGCGCAGUUUACGCCAUGGCAGCAGACGGACUGAUCUUCGAAUUUUUUGCUAAGAUAAACUCCAGAUUUAAAAUUCCCUUGAAUGCUGUUAUUGUAUUCACCAUUAUCAAUGCUUUAUUCGCUGCUAUUUUCGAUUUGGAAACGUUGAUCGAAUUCCUGUCUAUCGGAACUCUCAUGGCUUAUUCUUUUGUAUCCGGAUGUAUCAUACUGUUACGGUACCAAACUCACGAAAACAACAAUAGUAACAAACUGAAAAACUGGUUUCCGUUAGCCAAAUCUAUCGAAUCCGUAACAAAUGGAAGCUCCGCUUUAUACUGUCUUCUGAUGAUAGUUGCCGGGUUUUUCUGGUUGGCUCUUAGCGUACGCCUAGCUGGUCUGACUAAUGUGGUUGGAUUUGUUAAUGGCGGAAUGGGUGUAUUACUGAGUGGGUUAGGAUUUAUUGGUUUGUUGUUUCAUGAACAGAACGACGAUGACAUGUCGUUCAAGGUUCCCCUUGUGCCUCUGAUCCCUGUUGUGUCACUUCUCAUUAAUAUAUUUAUGAUAACAUUUUUGGAUCCUCUGACAUGGGUACGAUUGUUUGUCUGGAUGGCUAUAGGCUUCCUUAUCUAUUUUGGGUACGGAUAUUUCCACAGCUCUGAGGGAAAGAAACAGCGAGCUAACAAAUCAUUCUCUACUAUUUGUUCCGAGACUAUUAAGAUGUGA